AUGGCUAGGGCUAAUUGCAGAGUCAUUGGCUUUGCUUUUUUUAUUUUGCUCCUUGUGGAUAUUUCCUUUGCUACUUCUAGACAGCUGAAGGCUUUUGAUACAAGUGGAAGAGGUGGCGAUGGUGGUGGAGAAGGAGGAGGUGGAGGUGGUGGAUCAGGUGGGUUGGGUUCUGGCUACGGGUCAGGACAUGGGUCUGGAAGUGGGGGUGGACUAGGUUGUACUUGUGUUGGCAGUGGUGGUAGAGGAGGAGGUGAUGGUGGAGGCUCUGGUAAUGGAAAUAGAUAUGGAUCUGGGGAUGAAAGUUUGAAUGGUUCUAGAAAUGGAAGUGAGGGUGGAGAAAGUGGCGGUGGCGGUGGCGGUGGCGACGACAGUGGUGGUGGUGGUGGAGGCUCUAGUAUUGGAAGUGGAUCUAGAUCCGGGGAUGGAAGUAGGAGUGGUUUUGAAAAUGGAAGUAGGGGUGGAAAAGGUGGUGGCGACAACAAUGGUAGAGGAGAAGGUGGUGGUGGAGGGUCUAGUAAUAGAAAUGGAUCUGGAUCUGGGUAUAUAACCGAGAGUGGCUCUGAAAAUGGAAGUUUGGGUGGAAAAGGUGGUGGCGACAACAAUGGUAGAGGAGAAGGUGGUGGUGGAGGGUCUAGGAAUAUAAAUGGAUCUGGAUCUGGGUAUAUAACUAGGAGUGGCUCUGGAAAUGGAAGUGGGGAUAAAGAAGGUGGUGGUGGUAGAGGAGAAGGUGGUGAUAGAGGCUCUGGUAAUAGAAAUGGAUCUGAAACUAGAUAUGAAACUGUGAGUGGCUCUGAAAAUGGAAAUGGGGAUAAAGAAGGUGGUGGUGGCAAUGACGACGGUGGUAGAGGAAGAGGUGGUGGUGGAGACUCUAGUAUUAGAAAUAGAUCUGGAUCUGGAUAUAAAAGUGAGAGUGGUUCUGGAAAUGGAAGUGAGGGUGGAGAAGGUGGUGGUGGCGACAAUAGUAGUGAUAGAAGAGGAGAUGCUAGUGAAGGAUUUAAUAAUGGAAGUAAAUCUGGAUUCAGAUAUGACAGUGGAAGUGGCUCUGGAAAUGGAAGUGGGGGUGGAGAAAGUGGCGGCAACGACAAUAGUGGUGGUAAAGGAGGAGAUGCUAGUGGAGGAUCUGGUAAUGGAAGUGGAUCUAGUUUUGGGUAUGGAAGUUGGAGUGGUUCUGAAAGUAGAAAUGGAAAUGGAAGUGGGGGUGGAGAAGGUAGUGGUGGGGGUGGUGGCGGUGAUAGAGGGGGAGGUGGUGAUGAAGGCUCUGGUAAUAGAAAUAAAUCUAAAACUGGAUAUGAAAUUGUAAGUGGCUCUGAAAAUGGAAGUGAGGGUGUAGAAGGUGGUGGUGGUGGCGAUGAUAGUGGUGGUAAAGGAAAAGGUGGUGGUGGUGGCGAUGAUAGCGGUGGUAAAGGAAAAGGUGGUGGUGGAGGCUCUAGUAUUGGAAGUAGAUCUGGAUCUGGGUAUGAAGGUGAGAAUGACUUUGAAAAUGGAAGUGGAGGUGAAGAAGGUGGUGGUAGCAAUAGUGGAGAUAAAAUAGAAGAUGCUGGUGGAGGUUCUAGUAAUAGAAGUAGAUCUGGAUCUAGAUAUGAAAGUGGAAGUGGCUCUGGAAAUGGAAGUGGGGGUAGAGAAGGUGGUAGUGGCAAUAACAUUGGUGGUAAAAGAGGAGAUGCUAGUGGAGAAUCUGGUAAUGGAAGUGGAUCUGGUUUUGGGUAUGGAAGUGGGAAUGGCUCUGGAAAUGGAAAUGGGGUUGGAGAAGGUGGUGGUGGUGACAACAGUGGUGAUAGAAGAGGAAAUGCUGGUAAAAGAUCUAAUAAUGAAAAUAAAUUUGGAUCUGGAUAUGAAAGUGGAAAUGGCUCUGGAAAUAGAAGUGGGGGUGGAGAAGGUAGUGGCGGCGACAACAGUGGUGGUAACAGAGGAUAUGCUAGUGGAGGAUCUAAUAAUGGAAAUGGAUCUAGUUUCGGGUAUGGAAAUGAGGGUGGCUCUGGAAGUGGAAAUGGAAAUGGAAGUGGGGGUGGAGAAGGUGGUGGUGAGGGUGGUGGCAGUGGUAAAAGAGGAGGUGGUGAUGAAGGCUCUGGUAAUAGAAAUGGAUCUGAAACUAGAUAUGAAACUGUGAAUGGCUCUGAAAAUAAAAAUGGGGGUGGAGAAAGUGGUGCUGGCAGCGACGACGAAGGUAAAGGAAGAGGUGGUGGUGGAGGCUCUGGUAUUGGAAAUAGAUCUAGAUCUGGGCAUGAAAGUGAAAGUGCCUCUGGAAAUGGAAGUGGGGGUGGAGAAGGUGGUGGUGGAAGCAACAGUGGUGAUAGAAGAGGAGAUGCUGGUGGAGGUUCCAAUAAUAAAAGUAGAUCUGGAUCUGGAUAUGAAAAUGGAAGUGGCUCUGGAAAUGGAAGUGGGGAUGGAGAAGGUGGUGGUGGCAAUAACAUUAGUGGUAAAAGAGGAGACACUAGUAGAGAAUAUGGUAAUGGAAAUGGAUCUGGUUUCGGGUAUGGAAGUGGGAAUGGCUCUGGAAGUGGAGGCGAAGAAGGUGGUGGUGGGGGAGAUGGUGAUAGUAGAGGAGAAGGUGGUGAUAAAGGCUUUGGUAGUAGAAAUGGAAAUGAAACUGGAUAUGAAAUAGUGAGUGGCUCUGAAAAUGGAAGUAAGGGUAGAGAAGGUAGUGGUGGCAACGACGACGAUGGUAAAGGAAGAGGUGGUGGUAGAGGAGGCUCUGGUAUUGGAAGUAAAUCUGGAUCUGGGUAUGAAAGUGGGAAAGGCUCUAAAAAUGAAAAUGGGGGUGGACAAGGUGGUGGUGGUGGCAAUGAUGGUGAUAGAAGAGGAGAUGUUGUUGGAGGAUCUAGUAAUGGAAAUAGAUCUGGAUCUGGAUAUGAAAGUGGAAGUGACUCUGGAAAUGGAAGUGGGAGUGGAAAAGGUGGUGGUAAAGGAGGAGGUGGUGGUGGUGGUGAAGGUUUCGAAAAUGGAAGUGGAUAUGGAUCUAGAUAUGAAAAUGGGAGUGACUCUAGAAAUGGAAAUGGGGGUGGAGAUGGUGCUGGUGGCGACAACAAUGAUCGUAAAGGAGAGGGUGGUGGUGAAGGCUCUAGUGAUGAUAGUGGAUCUGGAUCUAGAUCCGAAUAUAAAAAUAAGAAUAGCAUUGAAGAUGGAAAUGGUGGAGACAGUGGUAGUAGUAAAGGAGGAGGUGGUGAUAAUGGCUCCAAUAAUAGAAGUGGAUAUGGAUCCGGGUAUGGAAGUGGAAGUGGUUUUGGAUAUGGAAGUUGUGUUUGUAAGGGAGGAGGUGGUGGUGGGGGAGGAGGCGGUGGAGGCAAUGGUUCAGGCUAUGAUAGCAGCUCUUGA